UUUCUUAGAGGGUGUUUCAUACCCUCUCAGCUUUUUCAGCACAACCAUUUCCAGGUGCAUGGAUGACCAACCUAUGCUAUCCUGGUUAGAACCUGUUAGGCUGCUGUGAAAUGUCCUUUUUCAUGGCUUUGCCUUUGCUUCUGUCUAGUAAGGACUUUUGGGAGAACAGGGGAAGUGAUCCUUAGCUCCUAGAGGGGGAAGUUGAUGUAUACAAGGUUAUUAGCAUAGGAAUCUUUGAUGGAAAGAGUAAGAUAUGCUGGGGGGACCAUCUCCUGGACCCUCUGGUUUUUCAUUAGGCACUUAGUGGCAGUUUUGUGUCUUUCUCGCAUAGAAGAUCAAGUGAACACAAUUAUCUGUUGAGAUGUCAAAGGGGAUAGUUUUUAAGGUCUGAUUCUGAUCACAAAUUUCACAUUCCCUGUGUGGUUUCACAGGUACUUCAGCUCAUGUAAGUAUAGACUGCAACCCAUAGGAGGUUCUUGCCUUGUUGCUUAUGCCUGUGCAGGUGAGAAUCAGGGUUCCCUGACUUACAGACUGAUCAAGCUAAAGACAAACUGUUUGUUUUUCUAUCCAGCUUUGUGGGUGCACAAAUGAAUUUGCAGGAGCAAGGGAAAUGGGGCUGGUGCUGAAAUGGGGUCUUAUCUGAGUUCAGGGUAAUCUGCAGUGAGGCUGUGUAAGAGUGCAACAAUGCAUUUUUACAUUAUCUAUUUUCUUGCAUAUAAAUAUAAUUUUAAACCACAUUUUUAUAUAUGUUCAAAAAUUAAAUGAAACAGUAGUGCCCAUGCUUCUCUUCUACUUCUGUGAAUCACUGUGUGCCUCAUCAUCAGGUGGACAGCACAGGAUAUGUUCUUCUUAUAAAAAUAUUAUAGAAAGACAAAUUAGAUGUGCUUUGAGAUCCCCUCUCUUGGCAGAUUGUGCAAGUCAACUGACUUGGAAGUUAUUCUGUAUUGCAUUGCACGUAGUGAAAAGUCAAGGUUAGAGUAGCAAGCACUCAGAGGUCAAAAAAAGUGCCCAGACUGGAGUAGUACCUGUGUCCUUAAUCAGCUAAUUGGCCUUUUAAAUAAGCAUUGUGAUUUCUUCUUAAUCAGGCAGUUGUGUGCUCUGCUCAUCCCAUCUGAGCUGCCUGGUUUGUUUCUUUCCUUUUCUCCCACAAGCACAGAGCUUAUUCAUUUUGGGUAAAAUGUUCAGACUCUGAAAUGUGACCUUGUUGAGCUUGACUGGAGCCCUGUACAAGCUUGGGGCUGUUUGUUGACCAUCUGCUUACAGGGCACCGACUCUUUGAUUCAGUGGAUCACCAAAUGUUUGUAAAAAGGUUUAAUCACUUCGGAUUUCAGUGUUUUCUUAAUUUCUCUGUGCCUAAAGGUUUUUGUGGGUUUGGUGAAUUCUGACUGGCAUGCUGGGUAUGGGAUGGCACUCUCUGUGCUUUCCAUUAGGAUAAGAAAUGCAGGUGCUAAGUUUGAAUUGGAUAUCCAGAACUCAUGCUUUAGAGGAGGUGUGUUUCUUCCUUCUGUGGUUGAAAUACAGAUACUGAAGCCAUGGAAAAUCUUACAGAGGCCUUGAUUAUUGCAGUGUAACCCAGGUACUCCACUCGCUGUCAGUAGAUUUCCCCAGUCUGUCCAUCAGGGAUUAGCUUGUAAUGUGUUGGAGAUGUGAACAUCUCAGUGGAGUGUUAAUGCUGGGAUUUGUAGUCUCAGAACUUAGUAUUGACAAAAAGCUGCAGCCUGAUUUUAUUUGCUCUUGCAUUUGACAGUGUCACAUUGGUGCUGGGCAGGGUUUAGCAUUGAACUUGACUUGCAGAGUUUGUGUGUGGCUCUCUACUUGCUUGUUUAUAUAGUGUGACAUGCAUAGGAACAACUGCUUUUAUUUCUGACCUCUCAGUCUUUGAGAGGGACUGUAUCAAAAACAAGUCUAGUAAGUACCUAGUGAGCUCUGAAAUGGGUGAGCUCCAGAAGAGGAGCAAAAGAAAAGAAAAUGUGACAGAACCCUCUGCAAGAGUCGUGUCAAGUAUUUGUGUUACGUGCUGUAAACUGAAGGAGCCCUUCAGCUAUAUGGAGGAGCAGCUAGCAGUCUCCCUCAUUUCUAUUCCUGAUGUGACAAGAAUGCAGAGCAGGAUGCUGGCCAGUGUUUAAUCUCAGGCUGACUUGCUUCUGGGGUCCUGCUCCGUCUUGACUGUGAGAAGUUGGCUCCAUAUUCCAGUGAUUGCUCAGCCAAAGGAGCUUGGGUGACAUCUACAAGAUCACUGCAAGGAAGCAAAUUGCCAGGAUUUCCCCCCUUUGGCUGCCUGACCACUGCUGAGCUACCCCUCCCAGCCCAUGUGGCUCUCCCCAUGCUCCAGGAGUGCAACGGGUGCCCAACGCGAUGUGUGUUUGUCAAACCAUGGAAGUGGGCAAGUAUGGCAAGAAUGCCACUCGCUCUGGAGACCGGGGGGUCCUGCUGGAGCCUUUCAUUCACCAGGUGGGCGGGCACAGCAGCAUGAUGCGCUACGAUGACCACACUGUCUGCAAGCCCCUCAUCACCCGGGAGCAGCGCUUCUAUGAGUCCCUGCCCCCAGAAAUGAAGGAGUUCACACCUGAGUACAAAGGUGUGGUAUCUGUCUGUUUUGAGGGAGACAGUGAUGGCUACAUUAACCUGGUGGCCUAUCCCUUUGUGGAGAAUGAGGCUCUGGAGCAGGAUGAUCUGCCAGAGAGGGACCAGCCACGGCGCAAGCACUCACGCCGGAGCCUUCACAGGUCAAGCAGCGGCACCGAGCACAAGGAGGAGAAGCCUGGCCUGGCCAGUGACAGCACCGAAAGCAGCAUCCAGGAAACGAAGAGUCCCAGGGUGGACUUGCACAUCCACUCAGAUGUUCCAUUUCAGAUGUUGGAUGGGAACAGCGGCCUGAGCUCCGAGAAGAUCAGCUAUAACCCCUGGAGCCUGCGCUGCCACAAGCAGCAGCUGAGCCGCAUGCGGUCGGAGUCCAAGGACCGGAAGCUGUACAAGUUCCUCUUGCUGGAGAACGUGGUGCAUCAUUUCAAGCUUCCCUGUGUGCUUGAUCUGAAGAUGGGGACCAGACAGCACGGAGAUGAUGCCUCUGAGGAGAAGGCUGCUCGGCAGAUGAAGAAGUGUGAACAGAGCACUUCUGCCACCUUGGGUGUGCGUGUGUGUGGGAUGCAGGUCUAUCAGCUGGACACAGGGCAUUACUUAUGCAGGAAUAAAUACUAUGGGCGCGGCCUUUCCAUCGAAGGCUUCCGCAAUGCCCUCUACCAGUACCUCCACAACGGCAUUGAGCUGCGCAAGGACCUCUUUGAGCCCGUCCUCGCCAAACUGCGCAGCCUGAAGGCGGUUUUGGAGAGACAGGCCUCCUACCGCUUCUACUCCAGCUCCCUCCUCAUCAUCUACGACGGGAAGGACAGCCGUGCGGGGACCUUGGUGGAGCGCCGGCCGGAGGCGCGCCUGAAGCGGGUGGACGGCCCCGUCCCGGAGAGCCUCCAGGACGGCGGCAGCUCGGAGCCCGGCUCCUCGGCCCAGCCCAAGGUGGACGUGCGCAUGAUUGACUUUGCACACAGCACCUUCAAGGGCUUCCGCGAUGACCCCACUGUGCACGACGGACCCGACAUGGGCUACGUGUUCGGGCUGGAAAGCCUCAUCAACAUCAUGGAGCAGAUGCGUGAGGAAAACCAGUAGCUCUGGGCUGUGGCCUCUAAUUCUUGUCCUGGUGGCAGGAGCAGACAAGACCACCCACUACUACAGGAAAAACACAGACAAAUUUGGUUUUAAACAACUGUAUCGCUCUGUUGUUUUUUAAAUGUACUUGGAUAGAAGAGCUGAGGUGAGGCAGGAUGGAAGAACUCCUCGUGCUGACCAGAUGGUUCUGACCACACUUGCUCUGCCUUCUGGAGGAGGCUCUGCAGAUGCCUGCUGGGUGUCAGGUGUCCCGGUUCUUCGCUCAUCAUAUGUGCGUUCUGGAGGGAGGACCUGCACAUAGGGAAGAGAAAGCAGGAGGGCCCAGGGCCCUUGAUGAGGCUGGAGCUCUGGUGUGAGGAGCCUUCUGCCUCAGGAGCUUCCCCUUCGAAUUUCUCCUGAGUUGUUUGACGGUUGGCAGCGUCUGUGAGGCCACCGGUGAGAAGUCAGGUGCCGGUCUCUGUGUUCGGUGUCGCUGGCUCUGCCCUGGGUUUUGCCGAUGGGGCUUUGCUUUUGAUGCUGCCUUUUUCUGCUGUUUGGGCACUGUGAGUAGCUACCCCAAACACGGAAAUGAAAUGACCAAAUGCAAUCCCUGGCAGAGCUGUGGCCUGGAGGGAAUGCCACACACGUGGAGCUGUGCUCGAGCCUGGGGUCUGCUUGCUCCCUGAUGGCAUGGCAUGGCGUGGGCAGGCACAGGGCUCUGCAGGAGUGACUCUGCCCUGGACCACUGACUUGAAAGCGCUCAGCUCGUGGGCUAGCAAUAGUAUCUGUAGCAGUUAACAUGACCCCAUCUGUGCAGUGGGGCAUUUUGGACCAUUUCAACCCUUCCCCUCCUGUAAAGUACAGAAUAUGUCCCUCCAGCACAAAGCUGCCCUCUUCCCCUGGGGACCCUCUGCCCCCAGGCCCUGCUCUUCCAACAGGUCUGGGGGUGGUGGAAGGGGAGGCUGAGGCUUAGGGCUGAUCCCCAUCUCCUCCCUGACAGUCUCUAGAGGCCAGGUGAGGGGUGACUUAGCUGAGCAGUGAGUGCCACUGUCUUGACUGUUCAGUACCACUGCCUGACUGUUCAGCUUUGCUUCACAGAGUCAGUGUCCCCCAAAAUAAAUGUCCCCAACCUCCUUUGAUGAGGAAUUAACGUUUGAUACUGUGGCCUGGUGGUACCGGCCCGAACCCUGCUCCACCUCAGCUCCUGUUUCUGUGCUGGAGCCCUGGCUGCUCCCUCCUGCUCUCACUGACUUGUUCCAUGGCAUUACCAUUACCCUGUGUACCCACAAGGCCAGGGUUGGGGUUUUUUAAAUUACUUCAGGGAAGCUUGUUUGGGGAAUACUUGCAUGUCGCAUGUGUGCCGACUCCAUGUGCGCAGAGGCCGCUCGGAAAGCACGGCUGCCACAUCUCAGGCACAGGUCUGUGGCACUGGUGUGGAAGGGGACGGGAGAGCUGCCCACUUUGUCUGCCUGUCUCCCCGCUCCUCAAAGCCUGCCCAAGCCACUGCUCCCCUCCCACCCUCUGGAGAAGGAUCUUUAUCCAUGGCACGCUGCCCUGCACUGGGUUACUUCAUUGCUCCUGCGGGUCCCUACCUUGCCCAGACUCGCAGGAUUUUCAGGGAGCAGGUUUGCAGGAGGCAGCGAGGCUGGGUGAGCGCAGGGGUGUAGGUACCCACAACAGCCGUAUUAUUCCCUGGCCCUGCCCUAGCGUGGCCCAUUGCCGCCCACCUCUGCAUGUCCUUGUCCCCGCGGGCUGUGCUCGGGUGAGUCACGCCGCACGGCCGGGAGAGCCCCUUGGUGUCCCCCCGCGCUCAUUCCUGCCUUUCCCCGCCUCACUGGGCCGUGACGGCCGGGCCACGCUGCCGGUGCUCAGUGGGAACCGCCUCCCUCCCUUCGGACCACCGCGGUGGGACUCUACAGCUUGUACAUAGCCUUGGCCCCGUUUGUUUUUACAUGAAUAACCACCCUGUUUGUGCUUCACAGAGAACCAAAAACCAUUAAAGGAUCUGUUUUUGUCCGCGG